UUUUUUAAUGAAUGACCCAGGGAAUUUAGGCCAUGUAGCGAGGAUUUGAGUCGUUGUUUCAGAGAAGAUCUUCUAUGCUUCUCAGAUUUAAUUCAUAAUGUUGAAACCUCAAAAAAAUUCUUUAACAAUGCAACUGCCAUGAAAAAUAUUUAGGUUAUGUUGCACCUUGAAACUCUUGAUGGAAAAACAGCAAUAUUGAUUUUUGACCUUUUUCCUCACCAAGGACUGUUCUCUGGGGACUGAAUCAUCAAUAUGCACGAGUCGUUUGCUCACGGGCAUCCCCGGUUUCUCCUUUAUUGAUCCUUGUCUGCGAACCCCCAGAGCUGCGCGGAUAACUGCCAAUAAGCAAGAUGAGACAACUCCAGGACCAUGUCUUCAGAUAGACUGGAGAACAAUUAUUUUUGUAUUGUUGUGAUAUGGUGACAGACACAGGUUCAUCAUGAUGGAUGCGAGCACCAGGUUUUUCUUAACCGUCUGUACGCUGCUGCUCAUCGCGUGCGUUUACGGGUCUCCGUUCACCGACUGUAUUCAGAGCAAAGGGAAGGCUGGCCUUUAUGAGGGUGCCAUAGACGUGACCGAAUCCGGUGUGAAAUGCAUGAACUGGAGUGAAGUGCCCGGUGUUAUAGAGCGAAAUCCGGGGAAAGGGCUUGGGGAUCACAGUUUCUGCCGAAACCCAGACGGAAGGAUUCGACCGUGGUGUUUCUUUCCAACCAGCCGUGGACGCAUUGACUGGGGGUACUGCGACUGUAAGCAAGGCUCUUUGAGACUGCAGGGAGGCAGAUCGAAGUUGGAUGGUACAGUUGAAGUUUAUCUGAAUGGUGUGUGGGGAACCAUCUGUGGAAACGGCUGGGAUGACAGAGACGCUGCUGUGGUGUGUCGACAGCUGGGACAGGGUUUUAGGGGGCGUGCACGUGCGAGUUCUCUGUCACGUCUGGUGGUGUCUGUAGUUCACUUGCAGACUGUAGACUGUGAGGGACAGGAAGAGGAGUUACUGCAAUGUAAUCGCUCAGUCUGGAAUGGAGGAGAGUGUGUUAACCACCAGGCGGCUGCUGUCUCCUGCACGCCAGUUGAGGCUUCAGUGUUUGUCCCUGUGCGUCUCUCUGGUGGUCCAUCGGCGUAUGAGGGCAGAGUAGAGGUGUAUCAUGCAGGACAGUGGGGGACAGUGUGUGAUGACCAGUGGGAUGAUAAUGACGCUGAAGUGGUGUGCAGGCAGCUGGGGUUAGGGGGCAUUGCUAAGGCUUGGGUGGGAGCAUAUUUUGGUGCAGGCUCAGGUCGUAUACUGUUGGACGAGGUUAGUUGCACCGGAAAUGAGCUGUCCAUUGAGCAGUGUCCAAAAACUGCCUGGGGGGAACAUAACUGUGACCACAUGGAGGAUGCUGGAGUGACCUGCACCCCACUUACAGAUGGUGCAGUGCGUCUGGUUGGGGGUGUAAAGGGUUUUGAGGGCAGGCUGGAAGUUCAUUAUAGAGGUCAGUGGGGGACUGUGUGUGAUGAUGGCUGGACACAGACCAACACGCAGGUUGUUUGCAGGCAGCUGGGAUUCAGGUCAGGGCAGAAUGCGUCACCAGGGCGGUUCGGGACGGCGAUGGGUCCAAUUCUGCUGGAUGAUGUCAGGUGUACAGGAAAAGAGCCCACCAUCACGCACUGCAGCCGGAAGAGCUGGCUCAAUCACGACUGCACUCACAAUCAAGACGUAGCCAUUGUGUGCAACCCCCAACGCUUCAGACACGGAGUGCCCACCAGUGUGCCUGUGAGGCUGGUGGGUGGGGAGAAUGAGAGAGAGGGGCGUGUCGAGAUCCUGGUGGGUGGCCAAUGGGGAACGGUUUGUGAUGACGGAUGGACGGAUCGGGACGCAGAGGUGGUGUGCAGACAGCUGGGUUACAGUGGGCUGGCCAAAGCUCGUGUAAUGGCAUAUUUUGGAGAAGGCGUGGGGCCUAUCCACAUUGAUAAUGUAAAGUGCACCGGUGGAGAAAGCUCCCUUGCUGACUGUAUCAAACAGCCACUUGGAACACACAACUGCCGUCAUAGCGAAGAUGCCGGAGUUAUUUGUAACUAUGGGUUACAGAAGGAAGCCCCUGGGGUCAAAGAGUCAGUGAGCUCCAUGUGUGGUCUAAGGCCCUCUCAUACCCGUCAGAAAAGAAUAAUUGGAGGGGAGAACUCUCUACGCGGUGGCUGGCCGUGGCAGGCAGCAGUGCGCUUGCGGGGAUCUCAGGCAGAUGGACGCUUGGUAUGUGGAGCCACUCUGAUCAACAGCUGCUGGGUCCUCACCUCUGCUCACUGCUUUAAGAGGUAUGGUAACAGCACUGGGCUGUAUAAAGUUCGUGUGGGUGAUUAUCACUCUCUAGUUCCUGAGGAGUAUGAGGAAGAGUAUGCCGUGGAGAAGAUCAUCCUUCACUCACGCUACCACUCUGACAGCAAUGACUAUGACCUGGCACUGGUGCGUUUGUCUGGCCACAGAGCUCACAGGGGUCUCAUAGGCGAGUGCAUCAGGCUGAGUCGUUUUGUCCUGCCUGCCUGCCUGCCAGUUCGGAAAGAGAGAGUGCCAAAGGGCAUUGCCAACUGCUUCAUUACGGGCUGGGGGGACACGGGUCGUGCAUAUUCAAAAACUCUCCAGCAGGCCUCCAUUUCUGUGUUGAGCAAGCGUCAGUGUGAGCAACGCUAUUCUGACCAGUUCACCAGUCGAAUGCUGUGUGCUGGCUCCUCCUAUGAUAACCACCGUGUGGACAGUUGCCGUGGAGAUAGCGGUGGUCCAUUGGUGUGUGAGAGGGAAAGCGGAAAUUGGGUUGUAUAUGGGGUAACAUCUUGGGGUCAUGCGUGUCGAAUGCAAGACGCACCUGGCGUGUACACCAAAGUGUCCACCUUUGUGCCCUGGAUUAGAAAGGUUAUUGGCCAAUAGGAGUUGAUGAAAAUGGUAGUCAACCAAUAAAAGACAUUGUGGCAAUGCGGACAGAGAAAUGAAGCACAUUUUUAAGUAAGAGCUACAUUAAACAUGUUUCAGAUAAUAGUUUAAAACACUAGCACACAGUCAAUACACUAGUAUAAAGUAACUCUGGUAUUCCAAAUAUGUCUUAAAUGUCGAAGGAAAAGGCAACUUAUUGUAUUAAGUGGCAUAAAUAUAGUCAUCACAUUAUAUUUUUGCACUGAAAUUAUGUAACAGUUGUAACGGACCAUUAUGAAAGUAAUGCGUCCAGCAGUCUUAAUUUUGGGUCUUCAUUCUUUUACUUUGAUUUUUACUUUACUCUUGUUCUUUUUCUUUAUUUUGGUGUUGAAACUGAAGCACUUCUAGGUUGAAGGGACCACAAUUGUUAGUGUGGAAUUACUGAAGACUGUAAUGAAAGUGUGACUAUUUGACUUUAUACUUCAUGCCACUAAGAGACUGAAUGGGAUGAGUAAUGUUCCUAUUUCAAGUACUGUAUAGAGCUUUGAAGAACAUUCUGAUGGCUUGAAAUUACAUCAUACUUUAAUGCUGAAGUGGGAAAAUUGCCAAGAAUUGUAUGGAAAUUACAUACUCCUAGGAUGUGGUUACCAUGGCAUUGCUAAGAAUUCAACCACAUCACCUCAUCAACACAUUAGGUGACAUCAUUACUUCUACACAUGUACAAUGACAUCAUUUGUUAUAGAUGUUACAGAUGUUCAUGAUGAUAAUCGGACUGGGGCUUGCCACAUCUUAACGUGAGGACAAAAAGGAUAUCGCAUACCAUUCGAAAGUUUGGACACACCUAGACAUUCUUUGUUAUAUCUGUUUUCCACAUUUUAGAAUAAUUGUAAAGCCAUCACAUCUACUGUAUAAAAUCACACAAAUGGAAAUGUGGGAAUAAUGUAGUGGCCAAAAAUGUUAAAUAAAAUUGUUUUUUUUUUUGUUUUUUACUUCCUCGAAGAAGCCACCCUUUGCAAGAUUACAGUUGUGCAUACUGGGCUUUUUCUCAACUAGUUUCAUGAAGUGUUUUGUACACUAUUGUACUGAAGGAGUUUCUCAAGUGUGCUGUGCACUUGUUGGGUGCUUUUCCUUGACUAUCUCGUUCAAAAAAUGAAGUUAAAGUAGUUCGUACUUAAGCACAAUUUAUAUUUGUCUACAAAACAAAUUUCAAGCAUUUAAGCAUAAGCUUUUAAAUCUAAAUGGUUUUAAUAUCAUAUAUUCAAACAUAUCAUAUAUAUUAAGUCAAGUGUGUUCAAACUUUUGACUGGAAGCAUAUUUGCCUAAUAUUUUACAGUUCGCAGUGCCACACUCUUACAGAAGCUAGAGAACGGGGAAAUAUGGGAAUUAUGUGCAAUGCAAAAAAUGUUUUACAAAUGUUUAUACCCCCUUGUUUAGAUCAGGAGGAGCAUAUCUUGCCUUAUCCAGUAAGGAUUGAAACUAGACAGUCUGUUUAAGUGUGUCAUUAUUUGGUUGUAAGGAAACAUUGCUAUUACUUUGCUGGACUAAUGCUAUAAUUAAUGAUCACAAGCAUGUUUUCUAUUUGAUAUUAUGUUUAUAGUAUACCUUCAUGAACAUGAUUAUGAAAGUAGUCUUUAGACCGCAUUAUUGACUGCUUUUUGAACACAUCUUUGGACAAAAAACUGACUUAUCAAAAUCCUUGUUAUUUUGCACACUGUAAAAAAAAAAAAGAAAAAAAAAAAAGAAAAGGAACAUUUAGGGUAAAUUACCAGCAGCUGUGGUUGCCAGAGAUUUACUGUGAAAAAUAUGGUAACGAUGAUUCGGGAUUUACGGGAUGUAAUUUUGAUGCAUGUAUAUUUUACGGUGCAUUACCGUUUAUAUUAUUAAAUGAUAAACUUUAUACAUUAACCUUCUGAAACUGUAAAAAUCUGCUUUUCACUCUAUAAGGUAUUGUUAAUCACCGUAGUAAUUACAGAAGGACACAUGAUGACAUGAAGUUCAUCAAUAGUGGCUCUUCCAGGAGCAAUGACCAAUAAACCUGUAGUUUAUUGCUCUGUGCUUAGUGUCACUCACUCAAACACUAAACACCAUCAGGUGUGAAAUUAAAAUAAUGCAAUAAACAUGAACUAAACUACAUUAAAUAUAACACAGAACACCCAAAAGUACAUAGCUGAUAUUAAAAAUAAAAAGUAUAUAAAAACUAUUCCCAUAAAAUAUAAUGAAAUGUAAUGGGUUAUGCAGGGAAUCCUGGGAACGCCUGAUUAUUGUUUUGGUUUUUUUACCGUAAUUUUAACAAUAAUUUACCGUAAAAAUGUGUAACAUAAGUACAUAUAAAAACAUGUACUCUCUUGUUAAACAUAAUAUACAUUUUUAUUGUUAAUUAUACAGGAAAAUCAUACUUUUUACAUAUAAAAAAUGUACUUUUUACAGCAUUUUACCAUAAAAUUACAUGUAUUUUCUUUUUUAAUAUAUUAGAACUUUUUACCGUAUAUUUCAAGUAACUAUCCGUUAACCAAUUAAGGUUUUUACUGUAGCAUUUUUACAAUCUUUUACCGUUAAAAUUACGGAAAAUUUUUUACAGUGCACAGUCAAAGGUGAUGCAGUUUAGCAGGCUUUUGUAAAUUAAGUGUUUUUCUAAUACAUCAAUCAGUCAUGUUCUAAUCUCCCAUUAAUGAACUAUACAAUGAAAAUAAUCAAACAAAUAGUUAUUUGUUCACACAGGGUCGAUAAAUUCUGUUUUAUUCCGUUUCUGUUUUGGGUUGUGUUUAGUAUUGACUUAUGUAUGUUUAAAUAUUUCUGAACUUGGUAUGGUGGUACUGUAUGGUGCUGUUUACUAUUAAAUGAGUUUGUCAAGUCCUGUGACAUGUGAUGCACUAUUCAUGAGGACUGGUGUCAUUAGCAACAAAACAAACCCACAAAGAUGCAAAAUGUUUGGGAAAAAAAAUAAAAUAAAAUACAAAUGUCUUAUAACCUCA